GUUCGCAGCUAGACGCGCCAGCGGUGCGAGUGUGAGUGAGCGUCUGCUCGCAAAUGGAAAGAGCGCCUGCGCCUCUGCACUCGGCUGGUUCCCACAGGCGGUGCGCGUGCUUGGCGUAACGAGUGCCUUGGAUCUCCGUGACGCCUCCGCAUGCGUUGAGCUGUUUGGUGCACGCCACGAACAUGCCUUUAUAGCGGUGGCCGCAUCUGGGCCGGCUGGCAGGGAUGUCCAGGAUUUCACUACCGUCGUCGGCGAGAGUUGUGGCAUCAAAAAAGUUCAUCUAGCACCUGGUCGCUGCUCUAACUGACAAGUUGCCCUUUUGUUUUCGUUGUUUUUGUUAUUUCGUGCUCGUCUCUUGCUUGGGACAUCCAAGUCAACCCCACAUCAACCAUGGACAUAUUGCCGAGUGGAAAUAUCUUUCAUGAGCUCCAAGCGAUCCACGACACUGGUUUUUUCCCGGCCCAGCCGUCGCUGGAGGAUUUCUGGCAACAGACCAUCUGGGAGAUGGACCGAUACCUAAAGGACGAGCCCCGGGGCGCCACGUCCAAGCGCUGCUCUGGCCGCGAGCUGCCUUCGUCCACAGAUGAAGCGGCGCGUCUGUGGGAGGAGUGCAGCAGCCCCUCUGACGGCAAGUUGCUCCUCGCUGACUCUGGCAUCGGCAGCAGCGACCUGGGCGACUCGAGCGAGGCCGAGGGGGACCGCCUCUCGGACGACCUGGACUUCGGCGCUGGCGCUAUGGACAAUGCGAGCGAGAGCUCAGCCUCGAGUGCGCUCUCCUGGGAAAGCGACGGCUCGGCCAAGGCCCAGCCGCCAUUCAGCCUGGUGCAGCGUGCCGCCCUCACGCCGCCCUCUUCUCCGGAGGCCGUCAGACCCCGUGCGGGUCGCAGUGGACGCCACGCCGCUGAGCCGAGUGGCAACACCGCCGCCGCGCCUCUGCUCGCCGCCGCCAAGCAGGCACACUUCCACCACGCGGCUCGCGGAGGCCGCCGCUUCGACGUGGACUCGAGCAAGCGCCGCAUCCACCGCUGCCAGUUCAACGGCUGUAAGAAGGUCUACACCAAGUCGUCACAUCUCAAGGCGCACCAGCGGACACACACGGGCGAGAAGCCGUACAAGUGUUCGUGGGAAGGGUGCGAGUGGCGCUUUGCCCGCUCGGAUGAGCUGACGCGGCACUACCGGAAGCACACGGGCUCCAAGCCGUUCAAGUGCAACCAUUGCGACCGGUGCUUCUCGCGUUCGGACCACCUGGCCCUGCACAUGAAGCGCCACCAGUGAAGGAGUGGCGCCAGCAGCGAGCACGACCCGGGCCCGCCGCACGCCUCCUCGCCGGAACACCUCCUCCCCUGCUCCCCCCCC